CGUUCUUUCUUUCGUUCUUUCUUUCUUGUUCAUGUUCUCUCUGACAAAAUAGGAUUCUCUCUGACAGAAUUCUCUGGUUAAAUGUAAAAAUGUGUAUGGUACCCUGCGAUGGACAGAAUUCUCACUGCACCCCAGUGGACACGCUUUAGAUACAUGAUCACGACCAAUAAGGUUACUGAAGAGGAAUUGCUAAUUUAUCUGAUUUAUCAAUUACUGAUUCAUCAAUCUCUGUACUAUUGUGAUUAACCCUUGUAAUGCAUUCCACAUGAAGAUAUAAUAAGAUAAGUACUUCUAAUCAAUGUGUGUAUAGAAUCGAAGAAAUUUACAGUUAUGUGAAUUUGAAGUGUUUAUGUCGUUUUUUUGUUGUGAAAAAAACACUAGAAUACAAUAGUAGUGUUUUUGAGAAGAGAACGAGUCGCCUGUGAUAUGACGCAGAAUUGCUGCGACGCGCUUCAAACAAGAUGGCAGCUCACACGGGGGAGAAGCGUGGUCUUGAACAUUUAGACCAAUAUGAGCCAAAAACAGCGAAACAACCACGAAAUAUGCACGACAAAAUGAUAGAGACUCGACUGGUGGUUAUUUUAGAAGGGGCGACUCUGGAAACUGUGAAGGUUGGAAAGACUUUCGAGCUGCUAAACUGUGACCAGCACAAGAAUAUUAUAAUAAAGAGUGGAAGGGACCCUGGCAAUGUUCGCCCAGAUAUUACACAUCAGUCCCUGCUUAUGCUGAUGGACAGUCCACUGAACAGAGCAGGACUGCUGCAGGUGUACAUUCACACUGAGAAGAAUGCUCUGAUCGAGAUCAAUCCUCAGACUCGAAUUCCCCGCACAUUCCCUCGCUUUUGUGGACUCAUGGUGCAGCUCCUGCAUAAGCUCAGUGUGAGAGCGGCUGAUGGGCCACAGCGCUUGCUGCGGAUGAUUAAAAACCCUGUUUCAGACCACUUGCCUGCAGGAUGUCCACGCUACGCCAUGUCCUUUAAAGCAGGAGAUGCCGUCUGUCCCAGAACCCUUAUCCCUAAGGAUGGUCCUGCUGUGGUUGUUAUUGGAGCAUUUGCACAUGGAAAGGUAAAUGUGGAUUAUACAGAGAAGGAAGUGUCCAUCAGUAACUACCCUCUGUCUGCAGCUCUCACAUGUAGCAAAAUAUGCUCUGCGUUUGAGGAGGUCUGGGGGGUGUUGUGAUAAACACAGUUGCUGGACUUUGGGGCAAACCAGUCAUUCACGUGUGUGUGUGUGUGUGUGUGUGUGUGUGUGUGUGUGUAUCAAUGUGGCGCAAAAUCUUGACCUCUGAAUUUUAAUUGUUCACUUUUCAAUCGUGAUCAUGUCAGUAGGCAGUACCAAAUGUUUUUUGAACACGUUGAUAAUGUGCGUUGAUGUAGUCAUGUGCUUUCUUUGUGUGGCUCAGAAAUAUUUCGUAUCUUUUAUAUGAACUUUCAAAUAUAAUGUUGGCAACAUUAACAUGUUAAUAUCUGAAAUCUUGUGUGUACCAAUAAGAGUUUCUCUGUCUCUGAAAUGUAACUAUUGUUAAAGUUGUGUGUGUAAAAUGGCUA